GAUUAAUAUGUCAUUUUAAUCCCUUUAAAAACACUCCAGUGAUAGACAUGCCAAAAUCUUAAUGAACAGCUGGGACAAAAUCUUAGAGGGUCUCUCACAGGAAACCAGCACUACCAAGAUUACCUUAUGAUGAGGACUGCUUGCUUCAGUCAUGUAGGGGCAGGCUGUCCAAAACACAGACAGCCCCGCCCCGGCGCUCACCCCAUUGGUGGAGCAGGGUGCCAAAGCUGGAGGGUCCUGAUCGGAGGGGUCCAGUGAUUGGCUGCUCGGGUCUGUGUGUGCUCGCAGCGCAGCCUGUCCGUUUGAAUGUGCUCGGGACUGGAGAGGGUAUCAUUUCCAUGGACCAUCUGUCUCACUGGCUACACACACAACAAAGAAGGACCCAGGAUGGUGUUAGUACAUGUUGGAUAUCUGGUUCUCCCCGUCUUCGGCUCAGUUAGAAAUAGAGUAUCGAGGCUGGCUCUACAUUCCGCAUUUCUCAGACCUUUGUCCCCCUCCAUUGUGUAGCUAACGAUCAUCUGCUGCUGUCUGCCGUAGCCUCUGCCUGUUCUCUGCAUCUAGCUGUAUUGUGAACCCCUUCUUCCUCAUUUCCUCUUUCCAUCUGAAGACGACAUUGGCAUUAAAACCGAGUUCCCACUCAUACCGUAUCCUUCUGUGUAACAGACUAAAGAAUAACACCUUCUGUAGAAAACAGUUUGUCUUUAUUUAAACUGUCAUGUUGCUCUUCAGUGAAUAACCCAUUGUAGCAUUAGACUUUACUACAAACUGUCAUUGUGAUUCUCCCAUUCAGUGUGGAUAGACUACAUUCUGCUGUAAAUUUCUGUAAAGUGGAUACAUUUUGAUCCUCCCCGAUUCGAUUACAGCCAGGCUUGAUCGAACUCUUUCAAUUUUGUCUCCAUCCCCCUAUUUGCAAAGGUGCAUUGUACCAGUUUUUGUAAUCACUAAAGCCUUUGUAUGAUCACCUUUUUCUAAAUAAUCACCACCAAUAAUCUUUUUAUCCUAACGUGCACCAAUUGGCCGAUACCUGUAGUGCUAAAAUCAUUUGUGUGAUGCUAUUUCCACUUUUGAUGGUCCACUGCACCUGUUCUAGUGGCGUCCAAACGGCUGGUCAUAAUCCUAUCCAUGUGUGAAAGCCUUUGUUCCUGCUAGCUGAAUUGAUUUUGUCAGUCACAAUAAAUUGGCGAGACUCUCAGGUCUAACUCAUCUUGCCAUUUGAAAAUCCCCCACUAUCAUGCACAGCCCCCCCAAUCAAGUCUUUUCCUCAGACACCUCCAGAAUGCUAUCCAUUUUACAGGGAUGUGUAUAUCCUGCACUGCUGUAGAACUCCUUUUAGAAUGAAAAUGUCUUUUAUUCUUUGGUUGUGGUUUUCUACCUUAUGUUCUUGUAUUAGAUCCUAAUGCAUGGUCAUUUUAUACUUUUGUUUUUCCACAUUGAACAGCAGAUUCCAAUGUAAACUUUGUGUAGAGAUGUCCCUGCUAUACUGAAAUGUGCUGUAAGCAUACACAUCUACUCAUUGGAUGCUGCUUCUGUUCUGUUAACCCUACAGAGAGCAUGGUCGGGCCUUGCCUUUGGUCUUUAUUUGCAUGGUAUUAUUAUGGUUAUGUAGGAUAUAUUACUCUUAUUAUUACUAUUAUCACACAGUGCCACACAUAACUAAUAUUUUCCAAUAAAGACUGUAGUUUUCUUUCUAACCUUCAGUGUGCUUUUUGCUGAUUUCCAUGUGGUCCUCCCCUCCUCCCUCCACACUGUGCUGUCACUGAGACGGUCCCCUCACUCUUAAUGUGCUCUCAUUUCUCAGCUGUCUUUGACAGAAUUUCUUCAAGUUGCUGCUCUGCUUACUUUGGAGUAGGGGCAACCAAAUUUUCUAUCCAUAUGAAAAAAAAAGAAGCAUGUUUAUACUGAAACACACCGGCAUUGAUUUUUAAUGUUACAUACUGUCAUUCACUCCUUAUCCAACAAAACACAGCCUCCCUCACAUCCACUCAUUGGUGUUCAUUGGUGAUGAGUUAGCAUUGAAACAACUUUGGGCGAAAUGGAUACAAUUCUCUGUCUAGGUAUACAUUAUUUUGUAUUUUGAUGAAAAUAUAUAUGGUGACACUCAAUUUUCUGUUAAAAAUCAACAACUACAAUGUACGUCUUUGGCUAAUCCAGCAAAAAUCAUAUAAAAAUCCAUAAAGAACUUGAUUUGCAGCAUUGCCUAAAAUGGCCUGAUACACCCAAAGAUAUGUAACUGUACACAACGGUAUAAACACUAUUGUAAAUGGAUGGUCUCAUGGUAAAUAUCAUGAUAUCAUCCAACUCUGCCUCGAGGUAUUGACUGCUUGGUAUUUUAACACAAAGACCUUUGAUAUCUCCUCGUCCCUUAAGUACUGGAUUACAUACUUCAGUAGAUUGCUUAGUUGUUUUAUUAAAGGAAAAAUUCAACAUUUUGGGAAAUACUCUUAUUCUCUCUCAAGCAGAGAAUUAGUUGAGUAGAUCGACACCUCUCAUGUCUUAGGGUAGCAGGAUAGCUUAGCUUAGCACAAAGAUAGGAAACAGGAAGAAACAGCAAGACCAGCUCUGUCAAACGGUAACUAAAUCCACCUACCAGCACCUCUAAAGCUCACUAAUUUACUAAUUUACAGUAUUUUGUUUGUUUAUUGCAAUAACUGUCUAUAAAGAUGGACAACACAUCUCCACUUUCUCCCACUGUACAAUAAUGAAGUCAAAAUAUUCCAGAUAUGGGCACUGCCAUCUUGGAGCUCGAGUCUUGCACAGUUGCGAUCUCUGGGGUGUCGAGUUCUCGUCGUCCAACCAAUUGCAAGCACACAGAUUCGGUCAGCCAUUCAGUCAGUCGUGACUUCACAUCCUCUUUUUAUAGACCAAACUUACCAGAAAAGUGAACAGUUGAAAAUACAUUAGUGUGAUAAGAACUACCUAAAAAGACAGAGACCAUCUUUUGGGAAAACUUAAUUUGAUGCGUGCUGUCAUUUUUAGUUUGGCCCAUGUCCCAUCCGCUAAGGGGGCAGGUUUUAUGACCUAUACUACAGCCAGCCACCAGUCAAGAUGUUUUGACUUCACUUUUGGGCAGACCCCCAGGAUGCGCACUGGGCUUUAAAGGCAAUUCAUAGCAACCAAACAGUGGCAUUACAAUGUCUGUGAUGCACUUGGGCCCAAAAAGACUGUCUGACAUAGACUUAAUUGUGAAAGAGACAUCUGUAAAUCAGUGGGUAGCCUACUUUUUUUUUUGAACGCCACAACCCCUGCGAAAUGAUUCUUCCUCUAUCGGAAUUUAAUCCAUUUGGUUCAAUAACAUCUUGAAAGUCUAGAAGAGCUGCAUGGUUAAAUACUUUGAUCCCCAUUCAAGUUAACAGAGGGCUUAACAUGAUGUUAGCAGCUUGGCUUGUGAAAGUCUGUUGUGCACUUGCUCUGUGGGCCCAGUGAUGCAGAUGAUCUGGAUAAUUUCACAUCUGGGAAGUCGAACUUUUUGGCUUCAUGCGCCACUGAGCAACUUUCAUACAAAUGAACAAAGCUCAGCCAUCAACACUGUAUCAGUUCUCUUUAUCCACCAUAUUUUGGGGAGCUGUCAUGUCGCCCAUCUUCAUUUUACAGUCUAUGGUUUAGUUCUUUAAAAAAAGUAAAUUAGCAGUUGUACAGAGGGGUUAUGUGACAAACUAUUUAUUGGCUGUGAAAUAGUCCUCAAGAAAUAGUCUGGCACAUAACCCACCAUCAUUUUUCUAUUAAUUUAACAAGGAGAGAUAACCUGACAGAUAUAAGAGUGGUAUCCAUCUUCUCAUCUAAAUCUCUCUCAUUAACAGUCUCCAAAUAUGAAGCAUAAUUAGAAAUCAAUUUGGCUCAAUCACCGAAUGGCAACUGUGUCAUCUUUAAAGUGUUUUAUCUUUGUAUGUAGCGUUGUGAAAAUACUGGCCUCUUUCAUAAAGUCCUCUUCUCAUUAUUAGUAGAACAGACCUUGACACAGUUAUACACAUAAAAUCACAGAAAGAACACGUCGCCACUCACGGUUUUAAAAAUAAAUUUCUACAGUUAUACAGUCGUGCCUUUGUUGCUAUUGUUAAAUUGAAGGCCUUUUGUAAAUGAAUAAUAGCAAGACACUUUUAUAACAAAAGUUCUGGAUGUUUCUAUUGAAUCUAGAAAAUAAUUAGCUUCUUAAAUCCUUAUUUUUCCUGUGUUUAUGUGGUCUUGGUUUAAGAGUUGCUCUCACUCUAACUUUAAAAGUGGGUAAACUGGUUACAACACAGUGCAGGCAACGAUGUCAUUAAUUGCAAGUAUUACAUUGCACAUUUGAAAUAUAAACUCAGUCAUUUAAAUAGUUUCAGAGUCUGGGACUUCUUUCUGUCAUGUUCCAACCACUUGAGCCUUACAUCUGUUCACAGUGUCUGAAAUAGUCGGAGUUAUUUAUGUGCUGACACAAGGUGUGUCUGAGACCCAGCCAUAUGCGCAUGGCAACUUUCUUCAGCGACUCCAGCAGCAGACCUUUAAAUAACUCAACAGCUUUAAUGCACAAGUUCUUUGACAGUAGCUGCACUGGUAAAGACCACAUUAAUAUCAGAUGCUUUGUCUUCCACCCCGUGCCCAACCUGUCCUUGUUUGACUCAUGUGUAGCAUCAAGGUCAGUAUGCUGUGUGCAAGCAUGUGUCAUGUGGAGCCGGUUGUAUGCAGACUUUCACUCCAGCUGUGAAACAAUCUGAUUUCACUCAUUAGUCCCUCAUUCUGAGGGUGAGCAUGCCAAUCACUGAUAUCAGCAGGUGUGGUGAUGAUGGGCUUCAAUGAAAAACUGCAUACACAAGACUCUCAGCGUCACAUGACAGAAGACCACCACACCAGCAUUGAGACAGGAUUAUGUUAGAGGGGAGGUGUGAUUGUAAAGCUGCAGUGAUGGAAGCAGGAGGGGUUGGAGAGAGGGAGAGAGAGAGACAGGUUCGAUGUCAGACUGCUGCAGUCGCGGCUGGGCAGGGCUUACGGGCUGUCACUCACGCAGGGACACCAUGCCGCAGCCACACCGUGGGGGAGGGGCUGCCUGUGCAGCAGCUCAGGGGUGAAAAGAGGUGGAUGGGAGUGUAUGAGCGUGUGUGCUUUAUGCGUGUGUAGAUGGGUGGGGGUCUGUUCUGCACCAAUCAGGCAUUUUAUGUCUGCGAGUCAAAGUCGAAGCAGAGACAUAACAAUAACAACAUCAGGGCUGUUACUGCAAUAUGUCAAAUAUUAAUGUCAGGGAUUCAUGCUGGGAAAGACAAUUUUAUAUUUACUCUGAGCUUCACAUCGAGUCCAGUCAUGCCGGGUCACAGGCUUCAUACAAAAGUGAUGCACAGCCUUUAACCAAUCCAAACCAGCGGUCUGCCAUUUCUGCUCUACUUCCUCAGCCAAAUGUUGUUUUCAGAUUGCUCAUGGCUCUCAAGGUUCACUGGCUUCCCAUGUCCCGAGGCUAUAUGCAACGAAGCGAAACAGCAGCCAUGCAUGUAUGUCAUUUUAGCAAUAAUUGAGGAAUGGUUUGACAUUUUGGGAAAUUUGGCUUCUAGUGGAGAGUGUGAUGAGACGAUUAAUACCACUCUCACAUUUCACAGUGAAGCUUAGCACAAAGACUAGAAACAGCCAGCAUGGUUCUACAUCACAAAGUUACAGCUUUGCUUUUCUUUUUUAAUUACAUACAAAAAAACUACCCAGACUACUUCCUGGCUUGGACCAGUAACUUCUAGGAGUCCCUGCUGGUAACUGCUCAAGAAAUUGUCUGCCACAGAACAUCUAUGAAAUGACAGAUUAUUGUUUUGACACUUUGGUUUUACAUAUUAAACAAACAAAUAAAACACGUUAAAUAAUAAGCUUUAAAUGUGCUGGUCGGCAUACUCUAUAAUCAAGGGGUGUUUCCAAUCUUUAUGCUAUGUUAAGCUAACCAGCUGCUGUCUACACCCGGCAGCCGGUUAGCUUAGCUGGUAAAAUAGAUUAGAGAGUGGUAUUGCUGUCCUUCUCUCUUGCGUCAGCUCUGGACAUUUCGGGGUGACAUGUUAAUUUACCCUUGUUAAAUCCGUCAUCUCUUUUCAAAAUAAACUUCAGUUUUCACAGGAAACAUACUGUUUUCUGCUCGUUGAAUGCAUACCAUCUCUUUUCAACAUUAACCUAGAACGUAGGUACAAAAGUUCAGUUUUAAAUUUUACUUCCUUAAGUUAAGCAACAAAAGCAUGUGGUUAAAUUCAGAAUAAAACAUCGUAGUUUGACUUAUAAAUAUGUGGGUUUGUUUCAAACAUAAUUUAGCAUAACAUGACAUACAUCAUAUAUAUGUCAAAUAGCAUAGUAUAGCAUAUUAUGGUACAUAUAUAUCUAUAUAUAUAUCUAUAUAUAUAUACACGUAUAUAUACGUAUAUAUAUGCGAACACACUAUGUUAGAAUAACUUGAUUUUCGGUUUCAAACAAUGAACAAACAGCGGCCUCCUGAGUGAAAGUCCGGAGUUUGUUUGACCCAUUCACCUCACCUCCUACUAGCCCUAUGCAAACCUUCUUGCUCUUUAUAUAACUGUUGAUGCCCAGUGUCAAAAAAUGCCGCUGCCCAGUGCGUGUCAUUCUGCCCCUGAAGGGUGUCUCAGUGCAUCAAUGUCUGACACCAAGAGCCACUGACCAAGCAUUGGUAUUGGAGAAGUUGGGAAUGAUACUACGUUGAAAUCUCAACUCAGUGCAGACUAUUUUAAACAAUGCACUAUUUGGAUGGAGACGGACAGUAUUUUGUGUAUCGCUCCAGAAAAGGGGCAGAAGUUAGCAUCUCCAGCUGGAGCUGAUACAUACCCAUGACAAUUGCAGAGUCAUUUAUCCCGGAGGGCUGCUGUUGUCAAUCUUUCCAGUUAAAUACAAAAGCCAAAUGUUAGCAGGUGUUAAUGGGUUAUUUGUGCAGUGGGAAAUGAGCUUCAGAGAGAGAAAGCAAACAAGCACAUUCCCAAAAUGUUGUACUAUUCCUUUAGAUUAAUAAAUAUAUUAAAACGUCAUCCAUUGAAAGUAUAUUGUGGGAUUUUGCAUUCACAUAAAAUGUUGCAGACUUGAAAAUUUGUAAAUUAGAUCUCAGCUCAGUGAACUAUAUAGUGUUAAUUAGAUUUGUCAGCAAUUGCUAAAUAUAUCACAAACCAUUAACUACCAUCCAAAUCAUCUCCUCUUCUUAUUAGACAUACUUUGUCACUCCAUAUCACUGUUUAUCAAGUUUUAAUCUGCCUGACUCAGCUUGAAACCACUGACAGAGCAGUAGAUGAGACAAUUAUGUCUUCCAACCAUGCAAACGCGCAAUACUCCGUUACUUAAUUAUACACAGUGCACAGUCCAUCCUCCGGACCCCACUGUCUGCUUCCUGUUCCAGAAGGCUAGAAAGCCGUAAUGGGCAGUUGAAGAAGUAAUUGUUUGUUCCCACCUCAUCCUCCUCCCGGCCCUCCUCUCUCCGAGCUCAGAGUAAUUUGUAUUGAUUGUUUUGUGCAACCUGAUACCGAGGUGAUUCAGUGGGACUACCACACAAUCUCAUGCCUCCUCCAUCUCUGAUAGGAUGGGUGGAGGAAGGUAGAAAUGGAGGCAGAUAAUCUUUUGAGCCCACCUCAGUUGCUGUGCAGGGUUAUAAUGAGAAAUCUACAGUUGUGUAUUUGUUCCAUGGAACGGCAGACGUAAUACAGAGCCUGAAUCUUUUAAAUUGACUAGCAGUGGACCGCAGACAUCCCUCAGUGCUGUAGAUCUUCUUGGAAACACACCAGGCUGUUAGUGAAGAUCCAUCCUUCCUGCUGGCUGCACUGUGGCAAGUGGAGAGGCAGGCCAUCGGGUGCAAUCUGUGUGUGGGUUUAGAUGGUGCUCCACAGGGGGUCUCAAUGUCUGUGUCCUCCAUCUGCUGUUUUGUCUGUCUUGUCUUGUCUCUUCCUGUGUCUCUCCUAUUUUCUAAAUGUCUCUGUGUGAUUGGUUGUUAAAUGUGUUUGUGUGUGUGUGAGAAAGCCAAAAAGUGCUUGUUUCUGCAAUUAUGUGCGUCAGUAUGUACUCUCCAUUGGUUUGUCUGGGUCUCUCUGUGGUGCCUGUUUGGAUGAUGAGGCUCAGCCCUGAUCACUUGCAUUUCCUCUCCAUAGGAGCACACUUCACCAGGCAUCAACACAGCCAUGCUACCUCCUGCCGACACUUUCACCUGGGCGCACCCCAAGCGCCCAUCUCAGCAGAGUUCCCUCUAGGACACGCCAGCCAGCCGCCUCAGACCGGCUUGGCCACCCACCUGCCCCCGGCACACCACCCGCCCCUCACUGCCCUGCCUGCACCCCCUCAGUUCCAGGAUGUGCCGGGUCCUCCAUUCCUACCUCAGGCCUUACACCAGCAAUACCUCAUCCAGCAGCAGCUUCUUGAAGCGCAGCACCGCAGGAUUCUCCCGCACUCCAGAAGAACCCAGGAGCGUAUACCCCUGAACCCUCACCGACUGCGCUCAGGCUAUGAGUACUCCCCUCCCCUCCAUGUUCCUCAGCCAAUGACACAGCAGCAGCGGUACCUGGCCGAAGGCACCGACUGGGAUCUCAGCGUUGAUGCUGGCCUCCCUCACCACCAGUACCAGCUCCAGCAGCUUCCGCAGCACUAUCAGCAUUACCUGGCCUCCCCUCGAAUGCACCACUUCCCCAGGAACACAUCCUCUGCACAAGUGGUUGUGCAUGAAAUCAGAAACUACCCGUACCCACAGCUGCACCUGUUGGCACUGCAAAGUCUGAAUCCUUCGAGGCACGCCACCGCUGUGAGAGAAAGUUAUGAGGAGCUGUUGCAACUGGAGGACCGGCUGGGGAGUGUCAGCAGAGGAGCUGUUCAGACAACCAUAGAGAGAUUCACCUUUCCACAUAAAUACAAGAAGAGAAAGCCCCUGCAGCUGAAGAUUGGGGAGGAGGAGGAAACGGAUGUGGAUGAGAAAUGUACCAUCUGUUUGUCAAUGCUGGAAGACGGAGAGGACGUCAGGAGAUUGCCCUGCAUGCACCUCUUCCACCAGGGCUGCGUGGACCAGUGGCUGGCCACCAGCAGGAAGUGUCCGAUCUGUCGGGUUGACAUCGAAACACAGCUGAACCCUGACAGCUGAUGAGAUUUCAGCGCCCCUCUCCCCUCCUUGUCAAUCACCCUCGUGUGGUUCCUGCUUUCUUCCACCCCGGCUUGCCGGCCCUCCUCCUCCUCCUCCCCCCUGUUGGGUGCUUUGCCAAAUGUCUCCAGACUUCAUGUGACAUCACCACCCUUCUGACUCACGCUUUACUGAGCCAAGCCAGGAUAACUAACUGCACGAGAGGCCGCAGAGGACUCUCUUUAUAUAGAAGCACAUCCCUCUGGAGGCAAAAGACACGCAGACACACACACAUACUCAUGUACACAGGGUUUACUUGUAGCUUGCUGGUCGUAAGUGGGGUGUUGUUGCUGUUGUGGUGUUGUACUGUAGGUAGCCCCGGGCUGUGUAGCAUGUCCUCAAAGCCAUGACUUAAUGUCCUGAGAGUGGAAAACACAUAACCCCACACUGAGCUGGCUACUUUCUCUCUCUUCUUCUCUCUCUUUCUCUCUUUCUAUAUAUAUAAAUAUAUAUAUUUCUCUCUUUACCAACACACUUCAAUCAAAGUGAAUAUUCUGCCACACAAGAAAGCUUAACAAAUGCUCUGAUGCCAUGUUUACCUAAAGAUCAUUUGUGGUCGUAGUAGAGUAGCAGUAACCAACAAGUGAUAUCUGGUGCGCUGUUGCUUCCUUGGGCGCACAAGCACCAGCUAGCUGAGUGUUUUAAUUCUAUCAUGCAGCUUUGACAUUUUGCAAUACAGUUGUACAUUUACCUUGGGUUGGUGUCAUGUGAGAUGGUGUUGUGUGAGUAGGUCUCUUUCACUGCCGUGGGAAAACCGAGCCCAGUGACUGAGUUGUUGUGUGUUUUAAAAUCUACAAAAAAAAAAUAGGUAGAAAGUGUUUUUUACCAAAAUGCAUUUUUGUCACGGUGUAGCUUGAACCUGAUGCACAGGUUCACAUGUGUGUGUGUGCUCUGCCCUGCUGUGUGUGACUUCAAGAAUGUGUCUAACAAAUGUGUGGAUGUUCAAAGAGUGCAAAUGUGAGUGUGUUUCAAGGGUUCGAGGCAACAACUAGACGUUAAAUCGCUGUAGGUUAACAGCAUGGCCACUGGAGCGCUUAUACAACAUGAAGCCAAAAAAAAAAAUAGGGAUGAUAAAAGGAAACUAUCAUGCACUGCAGAGUGAGGUGGGAGGAAGACUUAGCUGCCCUCGUACCUGUACCUUCAUCUGGCGCAGGGCCAGUGGCAGAACAGUGUGUACUAAACUUGCAUGUUUCAUCGUCAACUUGGGCUGUUAGCUCCAGUAGCGUUUCUUCAAUAUUAAAAGGUACAGAGAUGGCUUUGCAUGACUUAGUUAAUCUGAGCUGUGACUAUCUUCUCAACACAACAAACAAACAAAAAAAAGUGUCAGUGGCUGCUCCCCUGACUUGUAGCGUGUGUUCAUCCUGUCCCCUUUGGUGGCAACGAUGGGAUCCUCUUCUUGAUGUUUACCUUAUUGCCUAAAGAACAAGCACAUGUGACGAUAGUUAUAGCAACAAAAGGUUUUUUCCUUGGUAUUGCAUUUGCGUUGGUUUAUAUAUAGGUAUAGAUUCAUGCAGUGUUUCAGCAGAGAGAGGAGCUUGCGUAUUGAUCUUGUGUAUUCGUGUGACAGACCUCCCCUCGUGGUUGCUAUGCUGGUUGCUAUGCUGUAUUGCUAGAACAUGUAGAACGUGGUGAGACGGAGGCAGCCUCCCUCUCGCAGUGCACACAGACAUGAGACGACACAACAGCAGGAAAACAUUCAGGCUGUUAACACUUGCUCUGACUGGUUUUCACUUCUCCAUUUUCUUUUUUACCCUUUGUGUUGUUUCUGUUCAACAGGAUGCCUUUAGGACCCUCUCUGUCCUACGCACUGUGAUAGAAAAGGAUAAGCCCAGAGACUCUUUAAGCCUUGUGGGUUGAGGAUCAAUUAACUCGGAUUACUUUCUCCCUGUCUUGUGCACUGCCAGUGUCGACACUGCCUCCUCCUGUAGUGGAGUCAUCCGUGAUGAAGUUUUCAUAGUUUACACAGGGUGUUGUCAGUUGAGAUGCCUUAAGUAUUUAACAAUCAUAAUUUAUUACUAACUGUAGAUAUUGUUGGUAUGUAUUUAAUUUUAUAUAGUUUUUUUUGGGAGGGGUGGGAGGGGGGUGACUGAAUCAUAAUUUAUUUAUUUAGAAAUAACACAAAAAUGCUAUGAAAAAAACUAUUACCUCAUUUUUGCAUUGUUUUAAAUGGGAAUGCUUUGCAUGCAGUUGUACUUUUUGGAACACUAAAGUCUAUGAAAAAAAAGAGCCCUGCUGUUUGAUCUCCACAAGCUGGCUGUGCGAUGUUUACUGUCCAAGGCUGAGCUACUGAGCCCGCUCUCUGUCUUUCUCUUUCUCUUUCUGGCUCAAUCCCAAUACACCUCUUGCCCUGACCACUUAGCUCUACUCCUCCACGUAAAGGGGUAGGGUGUCCUGUUUCUUGUUGAGGUAGAGGGGUAGGGUAAAGUGUAAAAGGCCCAGACACACCAGACUGACGUCGGUAGUCUGUAUUCAUCAUUCAAAAAGGGAACCCGAAAGACCAACAGGAGAGAUUCAAGAUGCUAAUUAGCCAGUUAGCACAUUAAAGACACUACCCCAUGUCGAAAGAACAAAUUAUUAUACAAUGCACCAGUGAAAAAUAACACAAACAAUUACAAAUUGUAUCUGCUAAGGAGCUCAAUGGCUAAAAAUUAUCUUACCUUACUUAACAAGUUGGUUUUGAUCUCACACCCUCUUGACUUAAGUAAUUUGUUUACUUUCCUCACUUCUGUUAAACUCUUCUUGUGCACUGAGUCUAACUGCCAAUCAGAGUGAUUUCAUAAACCGAUGGUCUUCGCUGUCUCUGACGCAGAUUCAACAUUCUGAAUCGGCUGAAAAGAAACCAACAAGGGCUGACUAGUGCCAACAGUGUGGGGCACACCGCAAAAACAAGGGGGCAGAUGCUCACUGACGGCCAGAUGUUGCCCAACAGUGGACUGUCAGUUUGGUGUGUCGGGGCCCUAAGGGCUACAUGGUCCUCCAAAUGGAGGUUUUUCAGAAGCACACUCCAAACCACGAUAUUACAAAUCAUUGGCAAAAUGGCUGUAUGAGCAACCAAACAAACUCACACAUAUAUUUUCUUCAUUAAUGAAGAUUUGAAAAUGACAGUAACUAUUGUAUUAUCUUAGUUUAAUGUUGCUUUGAUGUAUUAUGGUCCUUGUCUGUAUAACAAGCAUAAAAUAAGUCAUUCGUAGCAUUCGCUGAUGUGUCGGUAGCUGACUAGCUAGCUAGCUAAUGUUACGUUGUUAUUGCUGAUUUGUGCAUGACUGUCUUGCAUUCUGACAUAUUUCCAUGUCUCAUCCCCCCCUUUGAUAGCACAUGAUGCCAUAAAUUUAAUGAAACUCCAGCAGUGAGGUUCCUGCACUUGUUACUGCUCCUCCUGUAUUAAUGCAGGCUGGCAGAAUAGGAGCAAGGGUUGCUAACGUUAGCCUACAGGGCUCUGCUUGUGGCCUGGUAAUGAAGCAGUGUUAUUUUCUAUUUGAUUACUUCUUUAAACAAUUGAUAGCAUGAAACUGAAGUUGUGAGCCAAUUGCAAGCUUCCAUGCUUUUCUGUCUUCAUUUGAUAAAUGACAAAGGUCAUUGUAAUAAAACCGUUAUUGCCAUAGUCACAUCUGUUUACUUAACUGCCAUCAAUGACGAUGCUGACGGCCUAUCAGGGUCUUUAAUGGUUUUCCCAUUAUGAUAGGGGAAGAUUUCAACCAUUACCCCUUGUGACUCUGUUCCGAGGGGCCAAGGGGCUCUUGAAACAAGGUGUAUGGGUAAAAAUAAGAAAUGGGAUUGGGCCUUAGUCUCUAUCUCUCUCUUUCUCUCUCUCAUGUGGUGCUGUGGAUCUUGGUUACAUUCCAUUCAAUGCAAUUUCUCUGAUCCCCCAUGCUGUGAUGUAGUGGACAAACUGCAAUGAAGUGAUUUUUUUUUUGUUUUGCACUCACUUGUUAAAAUAUGGGAACCCUCUCACUGGCAAAAAAAAAGUUAGUUUAGAUAAUUUAAUAUGAACACUAAGGACUCUGGCUUUUAUUUUGUAUGCUCUGCUUCUCACAAUGCACUAUGGGUCUUAAAAACGAUCAUCUGUGAAGCAUGUUCCUUCGCUUUAACUCUUUGUAUCUUUUAAUUUCCAUUUUCUCUGGUGUUUCUCUUCAGUUUGUAGACAUAACAAGUGCCUCGCUUUAAGUGUUAGGAGAUAUUUCCAUGUUACUGAAACCAUUAAUAACAAUCAAUCCAUGAAGCCACCAUGCCUUAUUGGUUGCACAAUUAAUUAAAGAGUGAGUUGUGAAGACAGCAUUUGACAGGUGUCUGCAAAAGCCAUUAUACUCAAAAUUGAAAUCAAACUGUCCAGACUAGCUUUUGGUUUGUAGAACUGGAACAAUACAGAUUGUGGAAAUAGUUCCGACUAUAAAGAGGCAUGUUUCACUGUGGGCUUUACAACAACUUCAGUAAUCCUUCUUUAAUUUUAUCUUCUAUCUCCAAGUCUUCAUUUGUUUUUUUAUUUCACCGUCCAUCUCUCCUCUCAGAAUCUAUCCUCUGUUUCCUUUCACAGUCUUAAAGGAAGGCAAGGAUUUUAAAGCACAACCUUUUCUAAAAAUGCAUGUUUUCUCAGGUUUCAAUAUAGUCUCAAUGGUUUAAUAGUAUAUGGUGAAAAUAUAUACAAAGAAUAUAACAGGAAAAAAAAAUAUUAAUUUUGUUGCUGUUUGAAACUGAAAAACAAAACUGAAGAGAAAAUAUCCCAAAAAGUGCCAGUGAAAGGGCUGCCGCCAUCCUCGUAUGAAACUCUGCUGUUUAGCUGUGACUGCGCAAUGUUUUUCAAUAUAGGAUAUUUUAUCUGAAAAUAGAACUAUUUAUCAUUAAUAUUAAAGCAAUAGCGCAUUAAUGGUGAUGAGUGUGUUGAUGAAGAAAUGGAUGAGCAUAUUAUGGGUAAAUGUUAGAUUCACAUGUGGUGGAAUUUUGUACUUUAUUUAUUAUUAAUACUAAUAAUAAUGAUAAUGAUUUCAAAAGUUGCAUUGCUAAACCCAAACUGUUCUGUUUUGUUUUUUAAUUUUAAUUUUAUUUCAUGGCUUGUAUAUUAUCCUUUUGUAUGUGCUCUUUUUGUAAUAA